GCUCAUGUAGGGAAUUGGUAGUAAAGACAGUAAAAUGCGGUGGCUGGAGUGGUGGCGGGGAUAUAAAUAUCGGUUUGUUCCUUGGCUUACAUUCAACUUAAAAAAUAGGACAGUGAGAGAGGUACCCAGUAUUGCCCAAGACAGCAUUAUUCCUACUGAUGAAUUACUUCAUUCUUUAACAACAUUCAUUGGAGAACUACAUAAACAUGAUCAGAAAGCCUGCGACCUCAACAAGUACAGCCAAAGAGAGGCUAAUUUACACGUAAUGAAAGAAUUCUUUGGCUACCAAGUUGAAAGAAGAUCCAGUCUCCUGUCAGGGGGAGGACAGGGGCUAUUUGUCACCUCUGGGGAGGUACCCAGGGGAAGUCUUGUUGCAUUAUACCCAGGGUGUAUAUAUUGGCCCCAUGAGCCAAUUCUAUUCCAGUCAAUCUCCAAUCAGUUUGUGUUCAGAUGUGUUGAUGGUCUACUUAUAGAUGGCAAUGACCGCAGUAUUUCCAAGCAUAUAUUUAGAUCAAGUGGCAAGAGAGACCAAAUAGGUCCCUUCUUCACCUGUGACAUGUCCUGGCUAGACAAUCUUUACAUCAAUCCAUUAGCCAUUGGACAGUAUGCAAAUAAUGCAUCAAAGAUGUACCCUGCUAACGUAGCCUAUCAAGAACUGGAUAUUCUAUUCAAGUCCAUCCCAAUUCAUUUGCUUAAAUACAUCCCUAAUGUCUGGUAUGGUGCUGAGAAUAUUGCCAGAGAGGAAUCAUUUAUUAGAACUAUUGCUCUGGUUUCCACAAGAACGAUUAGAGAGGGUGAGGAAGUUUUAUCCUCAUAUUUUACUGUGAUACAUUGAAAGGAAACAGUGAUUGUCUGUUAGGGAUUCUGUGUUGAAGAUGUAUAUAUAGUAUGUAUGAUAACUUUGUGACUAAAGACCACUGAGUCUUGCAUGAUGUCAAAGCAGCUUCAUCGGGUCUAAUACUUAUAUAAUACUUUUUUCAAAAACCUUUUUUCGAGAUGUGAUGUGUGCUACAUUAUUACCACAUUUCAGAACUUUACUGUAUAUUAUUUUCAGGAUUAAAAAAAUAUUUUAUUAGUUACUAUAUACAAAAUUYAUWUUGUCARCKWUUCUUGGAUGACACAUUAAUGUUAUCAAAGUAGUCUGUACUCUGRAAUUUGAGAACCUGCAAAGUUAAUAAUAGAAAAAAUAUUGAAUKUUUCAKGYACAAAAUAAUUUUUAUUGAUAAUGACAYGUUUUUAUACCCAAUGACACUUGCUGUUGAAU